AUGUCCAACGAACACACCCCUCUGAUCACCUCGGGGGUGUGCGGCCUGGCCGCGAGCGCGGUGGCAUGUGGCAUGGAGUCGGACUCCCCCGACGGCGGCGGCGGCUCUGGGACACCGAGCAAAGACCCGCGGCGGCUGAACACGUUUUUCGGGGUGAUGGUGCCGACCAUCCUUUCCAUGUUCAGCAUAGUGCUGUUCCUGAGAACCGGGUUUGUGGUUGGUCACGCUGGGCUGCUGCAGGGUCUGUUGAUGGUGAUUGUGGCCUACAUCAUCAUAUCUCUCACUGUACUGUCCAUCUGUGCCAUUUCCACCAAUGGUGCUAUACAAGGGGGCGGAGCCUAUUACAUGAUAAGUCGGUCUCUGGGCCCAGAGUUUGGAGGAAGCAUCGGUUUGAUGUUUUUCCUGGCCAAAGUGUUUGCAUGUGGAGAGUAUGUUCUGGGUCUCGUGGAGGCGAUACUGGAUGUAUUCGGUUUUGAUCCUGAGACGUCCGUGGCCGAGGGGGUGCGCGUGCUUCCUCACGGCUACUGGUACACGAUGCUGUACUGCUCGGCGGUCCUUCUGCUGUGUCUGCUUGUGUGUCUGGUGGGCGCCCACAUCUACUCGCGAACGGCCUUCGUCAUCCUGCUGGUGGUCACCGUGUCCUUGCUGUCCAUCUUCAUCAGCUCGGUGGCAGUCAAACCUCGGGAUUUUGUCAUCGCCCACAAGGGGGCCGGCAACCAGACGCUCCGCUACAACGCCAGCUACACGGGCUUCAGCGUGGCCACUCUGAGGAGCAACCUGGGCGCUGGUUACUCUUUGGACUACAGCACCAACUCUGUCACGUCUUUUGCCACCGUGUUUGCCGUCAUGUUCACCAGCUGCACCGGGAUCAUGGCCGGAGCCAACAUGUCAGGCGAACUGAAGAGUCCGAGUGUUUCCAUCCCUAAAGGCACCAUCGUGGCCGUCUUUUACACUUUCACAGUCUACAUCCUCCUCUUCAUCCUGGUCAGCGCCACAUGUGACAGGACCCUGUUGAUUCAGGACUACGGCUUCCUCCAGAGGAUAAACAUCUGGCCUCCGUUCGUCACCGUCGGGAUUUUCUGCGCCGCUCUUUCGGCUGCGAUGUGCGCUAUGAUUGGAGCGUCCCGCAUUCUGCACGCUCUCGCUCUGGAUCACCUCUUCGGUCUGCCGUUAGCACCAGCUGCAAUCACAUCGAGCUCUGGCAAUCCGUGGGUGGCGGUGCUGUACACCUGGGGUCUGGCUCAGUGUGUAGUGUUUGCAGGCCAGCUCAAUGCCGUGGCGAGUUUGGUAACUGUUUUCUACUUGCUGGCCUACGCUGCGGUGGACUUGGCCUGUUUGGCUCUUGAGUGGGCGUCAGCACCAAACUUCAGGCCGACCUUCCAGCUCUUCUCCUGGCACACCUGCCUGCUGGGCAUUGUGAGCUGUUUAGUGAUGAUGUUCGUCAUUAACCCCGUGUACUCCUCGGGCAGUAUCGUCCUCCUGUUACUGCUGCUGCUCUUCCUCCACUACAGAUCGCCCACCAGCAGCUGGGGCUACAUCAGCCAGGCUCUCAUUUUCCAUCAGGUGCGCAAGUAUCUGUUGAUGCUGGAUGUGAGGAAAGACCACGUGAAGUUCUGGAGGCCGCAGAUGUUGUUGAUGGUGGCCAACCCUCGCUCCUCCUGUCAGCUCAUCCUGUUUGUCAACCAGCUGAAGAAGGGAGGACUUUAUGUGUUGGGCCACGUGCAGCUGGGAGAUCUGGACUCUCUGCCAUCAGACCCGGUCCAGCAGCAGUACAACUUCUGGCUGAGCCUGGUUGAUAAACUCGGGGUGAAGGCCUUUGUGGACCUGACGCUGUCCCCCUCCGUCAGACAGGGAACGCAGCAUCUGCUGCGCAUCACGGGCCUCGGUGGCAUGAAGCCCAACACUCUGAUUUUGGGUUUCUACGACAGCUGCACUCCGGAGGACUUCUUCCUGCAGGAUUCUGCCUUCCGUGACUCGGCCAUUGGAAAGGGGAGUGAGGGCGAAUAUAAUUUUGGGGUGGACUUGCCUUCACUGCAGGCCCAUUUCCCCCCGGUGCGACACGUCGAGAGCCAGCGCUGGCUUUCUCCGGAGGAGUACGCGGGGAUCAUUUCCGACGCCAUUAAAAUGAACAAGAACGUGUGCCUCGCCCGCUACUUCUUCCAGCUGGAGGGGGAGGAAAAAGACAGCAAGGUGGACGGGUCGGAGCGCACCAUCGACGUGUGGCCCCUCAACCUGCUACGGCCAGCCAGCCGGGAUUACGAGGACGUGUGCAGCCUGUUCCUGCUGCAGAUGGCCUGCGUGCUCAACAUGUCGUACAAAUGGCGCCACGCGAAGAUGCGGAUCUUCCUCAACGUGGAGACCGAGUCCAGCGACCAGGGCUGGGUGGUGAACGAGGAGACGUUCCGCGAGCUGCUGAGGAAGCUGAGGAUCAGGGCGUCGAUCAAGAUCGUGCCGUGGGACUCUGUGGUGCAGCAUCACGUCCCGCCGGACGAGGAGCCCCCCGCGGGGGAACCGCAGGCGCUCUCCGAGGAGUUCCUGUCUGCGGUGAACUGUAUGCUGACGGAGCACAGCUCUCAGGCCGCCGUUCGCUUCCUGUACUUACCUCGACCCGCGGCCCGGCGCAGCCAGGCGCAGCAGUACUUGGCUCAGCUGGAAGCGGUGACCAAUAGUCUGGGGCCGACGCUCCUGAUCCACGGGGUCACCCCGGUCACGUACACCGAUCUGUGAGCAGUGUGGCUGCUGCAAAGUCUCGUCUGCGUAAGUUCGACCUCUGGUUCCACGUGAAAUGACCACACAAGGUAAAGAAUAGUGAUGGUUUUGCAGUAUGUUGCACCAGUUAGAAUAUGUUCACCUUAUGAUGCUUCCGAAUUAUGGACCACAGCCACAAGUUACGCAACUUGAGAUUUUUGCGUUUUUUGUGCUCUGUCAUCGAGCCAAGAAAUGUGGGACUUCUACCUUUUUGUGGGUGUUUAUGUUAAUGCAAGCUCUUGUUUGGACCAGUCUUUUCACAUGAGACGGAAAUAAGAAUUGUGUGAAAGACUCAAUUUGUUUGGAGCAAUACGGGUUGUGUGACGUUUAAUCAAGACAAUUCUCCCCAUAAUUUCAGGGAUGAAAUUCUGAAUUUGUGAUAACAAUUGGCGUUGAGGUGAAAACUUAACUUAAAACUUUCCUAAAAGGUAUUUUUUUUACAAUUGAACUGUUUUUGCCUCUUUCUUUUCAUACAUUCCCAAAUGUCUGCCGGACUAAGUGAUCCAAAGACUUUCUUUGUUUGUUUCUGAGCAGAAUUUAGUUGGUUUUGUUUUCCCUGCAGUUCUUAGAACGCGGCUUCUUUUGCUGUUAAAUGUGUCUCUCUCGUUUUCACAAAAGGGAACAGUUUUACACAUGUGACCUCAGAACGAUAAACAGUAUUUGUUGUUGUUGUGUACAUUUAUUUAAAAACUAUUCUUUUGUGCUUCAUGAUGCAACAUGUACAUAAAAACAUGUUAUAAUAAUAAUAAUAAUAAUUACUCUUGAGCGCUUCUGAUCCCGUUUAGGUUAAGACCACAACCAUUGAUGAUUCAGACAAACUCAAGGCUGAAACGAGAGCAAGUAGUCACAUUUUUUUUAACGUAAUAAUUGAUAUACCCUAUUUAACCGACGAACUAAUAAUGUUACCGCUUUCUUGUCACGCUUGCUUUAACGGUUAUACACCACCCACAUGGACCGUUUUUUAAAUAUCCGCUAAAGGUUCAUUUAACAAAUAGGAAGUUGCUUAAAGGGCCAUUUGCAUUACCGUUGGUUAUGCUCCAUUUUGGGUUGUGGUUCAAAAAGCCUGAAAGGUUUGACUCCGUAUACUAAAGGUCCUUUCUGCAGAUGUACAUAUUAAACUGCUUUUUGACCAUAAGUAUAAAUAUAUGCCAAAUAAUGUGUCAUCAGAAAAAAAAUCUGUAUUUAAUAGCUAUAUCACAACUUUAUGCAACUGAGAAUAAAUAAAUGGGGAAAAAUAUGAA